GGCGUUCCUCCCCCCCCCCUUCCGCAGCCCCUGCCCCCCCCGCUGCUGCUGCUGCAGCGCAGCAGCAGCAAGCAGCAGCAGACUUCUACUUGCUGCUGGAGAGUCCGGACUUGAACUUGCCAGUAGUAAAAGGAGUUUCAAGAGACAAAAAAAGCAAAAGAUGGGCUGUUUAUUAUAAAGGACAAAGACAUUACUUUUACGACAAGAACUGCGGGGGGUGUCGAGAGGCUUACGAGCUGGCUGUACACCUCAGGAGGCAGCAAGUCGAAGAAGUCGAGAUCUCUCAGGUGUACGAGGAGCAGCUGCAGCAGAUGCAGCAGCAGGGGCCCUGUUUGCGGGCAGUGGUGGCUUAUUUGCUGUCGGACUUGGCGGGGUUUUUGCAGCAGCGCGGCAGCAGCGAGUUGGGGCUCGAGCCGCAAGUUGCUGCUGCUGCUGCUGCUGUUGCUGCUGCGCAUGCAGCAGCAGCAGCACGCGCUGCGGGCACGGGGCCCGUGCUGGACCACAUUGCGCUGCUGCGGCACUGCAUCAAGCAGCAGGAGCUGCCUUCGCAGCUGCAGCACCAGCAGCAGCUGCAGCUGCUGCAGCAGCUGCUGCUGCUGCAGCUCGCCUCCGUCAAGGACUUGCUGCUGCACACCGGACUCUGGCGCGCCAUCCUCGCCCACGCUGCUGCGGACCAGCAGCACGAGGAACACGACGACCAGCAGCAGCAGCAGCAGCAGCAGCAGCAGCAGCAGCAGCAGCAGCAGCAGCAGCUCGCGAGCGCCAAGGGCGAAGAAGCCGCCGCUGCUGCUGCUGCUGCUGCUUCCGCAGCUUCUGCUGCUGCAGCAGAAAACGAACUCUUGGCCGAAGCAGCAGCACAAGACUCCGGCAUGUGUGUUGACGGCUGA